AUGGCAGAAGCAGACAGGGAUGUGAUAGACUUGGCUUUUCUUGUUGCAUUGGGGUUCAGUUUUCUGGUUGGGGCGGCCAUUAAUAUAUUCAUCGUGGCUGUGAAUCUGGCCGACUGGUUGAAAAGAAGGCAACUUAGUGAUUCUGACAAAGUUCUUACUUGGAUUGGGAUCUCCAGACUGGGUCUUCAGAUUACGACCACGCUGACUGUCUACGGGGUCAUUUUCUUUCAGAUGGAUUUACUUGGUGAUGUCAGAACGACCUCCAAAGCUCUCAGGUUCGUUGAGUUCUUCUUCAACUACUCCAGCAUCUGGUUCUCAACUUUAUUGUCUUUCUUCUACAUGGUGAAAAUCGCCAACUUCCGUCACUCCGUGUUUGUUCUCCUCAAAGAGAGAAUUUCCAGGUUCCUGCAGACUCUAGGGGUAUCUUGCUUACUUUUAGCCUUCAUCAACACUUUGCUGCUGUUUUUGUGGCCGACUAAUAUCAAUGGACUUGUUGGAAACUCAACACGUGACCUUAAUGACAAUGCAACUGUGUCCCACACAGAGAGAAGAGCGUUUGUUUACUUGUUUGUGUCUGGGAACUGCCUGCCUUUAGCAAUAAAUGCCGUUUCAUUGACCCUCCUGCUUGUUUCCCUCUUGCUUCACAUCAGGCAAAUGAGAGGCGGCAGCAGCCACAGCUUCUCCUCACCCAACCUGGACAAAUACUACACUGCCAUUAAAUCAAUGAUACUUUGCUUUCUGAUAUAUAGUGUGCACAUUGGCAUUGGCUUUGCUGGUCUGACAUAUUCUUUUUCUGCGAAUAUCAUAUGGAUUCAAAUAAUGACAAACUUCUUUCCGACAUUACAUUCUCUUUUCCUUAUAAUAGGGACGGCCAAGCUGAGGCAACAGUUUUCCAGUAUAAUCCACUGGGCAGCAAAAGGCUUUUCAAAGGAAAGUGCCACGGAACGAAGGCCGACAGUGACAAUUAGCUAGUUCACUAGUGACUUGUACCCCAAUUAUGUGUUUCUGAAAUGUUUCAUCAUGUCUUACUCUCCUCAAAUCCAGCAUUUUACUUUCCAAUAUCCAAUUUGCCUAUAUCCAAAAACACCUCCGUUCAUAAGGUAUCUUCAUGUGACUUUAUUUAGUCAACUCAGUGUUUUAGGGAAUGUCCUUCAUUAUCAGGUG